AUGUCUCUGAGUACGUCAACUCCUGCUCAUUGUGAAACAGUUAGAUUAAUACAGCCAGACGAUAGUUCUACGGUUGUAUCGACCAGUCAAAAGAAGAGUUAUGGAACAAACAAGCCAAAACAAAAGAUUUCCGUUCAUAAUGCUAAUUCUGUGAGCUUAUCUUGGCAUAAUAUCAAUGUUAUUCACGCUCAAACUGGACGGAAGAUCUUGGAAAAUGUUAAUGGUAAGUUUUUUAAGUAUGAAUGUUUUUUUAUUGCUUUUGAGAUGAUUUUUGGUUUAUAUUGCUGUAGAUGUUAGGUGUGAGCGCAUUCUUUUGACCAUAACUUUUUUAAAAAGAUGUAUAUGUGCCUAAAAUUUGGUAGUAAAACUGCUUUAUUAUUUCUUUAUUCAUUAAAAGCUUAUCUUUAGGUAUUGCUGAGCCAGGCCAGCUAGUAGCGUUGAUGGGAGGUUCAGGAGCAGGUAAAACAACCUUGAUGAACACAUUGUUGGCCAGAAACUUGAAAGGGCUUGAAGUGGAAGGCGAAGUGCUGGUUAAUGGAGUUGAGUUGGGUAGUAAGAUAACCAAUGUAGCUGGUUAUGUACAACAAGAUGAGCUGUUUGUGGGUACACUAACUGUUCAAGAACAUUUGGAAGCUCAAGCUGAUUUGAGGUUGGCUGAUUUGACGAAGAAGCAGAAAAGGGCUAGGAUUGAUGAGGUAGGGAUUGUGAGGUGGCGCAAUGUUUAGAUCUCCAUCUUAUUUUUAAGUUUAAAGAACGAUUUUUACUUUUUUAUUUGUAAAAUACGAACUGGUUUUUUUUGUGGUUUUAAAUUAAUUCUUGAUCAAACGAACCGCUCUUUUGUCAGUUUAACGCACUUUUUUUGAAUAUUUUAAAGGAUAAACUUGUGUGAAAUGAAUUGAAAUUCACAGCCAACCAUAGCUCAGUUGGUAGAGCGGAGGACUGUAGUUCCAAGCGGUAAUCCUUAGCUCGCUGGUUCGAAUCCGGCUGGUUGGAACUUAUUUUUUAAAUUUUUAAAAGGAAUUUUUGAAAAAAAAAAGUUGCUUGGCUAGAGUUUUAAAUGUCUUGUCGCUUUUGAAAAAGAUAAUUCACGUCGAAAAACGACAUUAUUUUUUUUUAGAAUAUUGUAGUAGUUAAGCUUAUGUUUUAAAUUUUUUAUUAUUAAAACUUUUAAUUUAAAAGUACCGUUUUUUAGCUAGUCAACCAACUAGGACUGGAAAGAUGCAGAAAUUCUCGUAUUGGCGUUCCUGGGAUCACGAAAGGCAUAUCAGGUACGUUGAAGUUGAUUAUAAGACAAAAAUAUAUCUUUUUGUAGUAAUCACAACAUCUUUAUUCUUUAAAGUUGUAUAUAGUGUUGUAUGUAUUAUUCACUGAUAGAUUACGAUAUAUAUUGUCUUGUAAAUUUUAAGACCAUCAGCUUUGACCAAAAACUCUAAAAAUUAUAUGGUUUUAGGCGGAGAAGCACGAAGGUUGUCAUUCGCCUCGGCUCUUCUGAAUCAUCCCCCAAUCUUGUUCUGUGAUGAACCAACGACUGGUCUAGAUUCGGCGAUGGCUGAAAGUGUAGUAAAUGUAAUGGAAGACUUGGCACGGCGGGGCUAUACUGUGAUAUGCACCAUUCAUCAACCUUCUUCUGGUUUAUACAUGAAGUUUGAUCAGGUAGAAUCAUUUUUUACGUUUAAAUUUGAAAAUUUAUGUUGUUUUACAUUUUUAUGACAUUUUAAAUUGUAUCUCCUUUCAAGAAAAUUUGAAAAAAUUUUGAAAUUUAAAAUUUCAGGUAAUUUUCCUAGCCGCCGGCCGCUUAGCCUACUUUGGAUCUCCAAGCGAAUCGGUCGAUUUCUUCACUCAAUGUGGAUAUCCAUGCCCACGACAUUAUAAUCCAGCUGAUUUGAUAAUCGAAAAGCUGGCUAUUGAACCAUAUAAUGAAAAUGAAUCACGACAAAGAAUUUCCAGUAUUUGUAACACGUUCGCCGACGCCGAGACCACAUUAUUGUUCAUGAUUAAAGUGGAAAAGUGUCGGGCGACGGACGUGGAUCAGAUUUAUUGGGAUGAAUAUGACCCGAAAAUGGCUUCUUUUGGGGGACAGGUAAGGGUGUUGUGGGGUAGGGUCGGGCAGGGUAUCGUAAAAUAAGGUAGAGUAGGGUGAGAAGGUAAGGGUAGGGUAGAGUAGUUAAGCUAGGGUUGGUCAGAGAAGGUAGGGUAAGUAAGGUAGGGUCGAGCAGGAUAUAGUAAUAUAGGGUAGGACAUAUUAGAGUAAGGUAGGGUAAGAUAUGGUAGGAUAGGGUAUGGUAGAGUAUACUAAGGUAAAGAAUAAUUAUUUAAACUGAGGGUUUCUUUCUAAACUACUAAAAUAUUCUGUACGGCCAUAUUUUAGCUCCGAACUCUCCUAAAACGAAACUUAUUAGACAAUUGGCGAAACUCAUCUCUAACCCGAGCCAAGCUGAUCCAAAAAACCUUUAUGGGUCUCUUCGUAGGGUUACUAUACUUCCAAACUCCAACAGACACAAAAGUCGGAGUAUCAAAUGUGAAUGGAGCCUUGUUCUACGUCGUAUCCGAACUAAUUUACAAUACUUUUUUUGGAGUAACAUCGAUUUUACCAUUUGAAUUCCCAUUGCUAGUACGAGAAUAUCACGAUGGACUGUACUAUGUAGCAUCGUAUUUCUUUGCCAGAGCAUUGUCAUAUGCACCAUUGUUUACAUUAGAUGGGUUAGUUAUGAUGGUACUUACCUAUGUUAUGGCUGGAUUGAUACCUACUUGGACGGCGUUUUUCUGGGGCAUGGGUAAGGGGUUUGUUUGUCAAUGCUUGGGCGUUAGGUACACCUUUUGACACUUUCUUUGUCAAAGUUUACCAUUAAGUGUACGUUAUGAUGGAGUAGGGUAAACUAGGUGUUAGUUGGGACGCUUUAGGGUAUGGUGAUAGGUUAGGGUGGUAUAGGUGAUGGUAGGUUGAUAUGAAGUAGACAGGGGUGGUAGGAGUACUGUAAUAUAAGGUACGGUGUGGUUUGCCGAAUAAGGUAGGGAAUGAUAAAGUAAGGCAUGGUAAUGCUAUUAUUGUGAUACUGUGAGGUAGCGUUAGGCAGACUAAAUCAAGAAUGGAUAUUAAUAUAGUUUUCUAUGUUUCAGCUGCAAGCAUCUUGAUAGAGCAAUGUUCAGCAGCCGCCGGCAUAAUGAUCUCGACUAUUGCGCCUUCUUAUUCUGUGGCUGUUGCAGUAGCUGGACCUAUUUUAGGAUUACUGUCACUUACUGGAGGUUUAUAUGCUAAUGUUGGUUCUCUGCCAUUCUUUAUCAGUUGGUUGCAGAACUUCAGUUGGUUUAAGUAAGCGAGUUUUAAUUUUUUGCAUUUUUCUUGGUUGUCGAGUUGAUCUAUUAUAACAUUACUUUAGGUAUGGCUUUGAGGCCUUAGUCAUCAACGAAUGGUCUAAUGUACAAGAUGAAUCUUACUCUGGAUGUAUAUACAGAGGAAAACAGAACAACAGUACGGGCUCAUGUGUACAAACUGAUGACAUUCUCGAUGGUUAUUCGUUCAAAGCCGAAAACUUCUAUUCGGACAUGAUUAUUAUGUUAUUGUUUAUUGUAGCGUUUUAUCUUAUUGGUCUUCUUGGGUUGUGGAUUAGAGUUAAGAGGGCUAGGUAGGAUUGAGAGAGUAGGCAGGCUCAAGGGGGAGUUUUAGGAGUAAGGGAGUAGGUAGGUAGGUCUAAGCGGGUUUUUUAGGAUUAAGGGGAUAAAUAGCCUCAAGGGGUAAAGGUAGGCUAAAAAGGGAUAGUUAGGCCUAAGAUGUUUCUGUUGUAUUCACUAUAAGAAGGAGUGGUCCAUAAUGACAAUUUAGGGUUAUAUUUUGUAUCUUCUAACUACUAUUUUUUACACUUUUUAUUUUUUUAAAAUUUUUAGGUAAUAAUCAGUUUAUUUUUUAAGGUUUUUAAUGCAGAGAACAGUGUAAUUUAUAAAAGAAAGUGAUAAAGCGAUUAAUUUGAGUCCUCAUCUUAUAAGCUUAUAUUGUAGUUGUAUUUAUAUCUAUGCUUGUAAGCUUGAUCUUUAGGUGGGCCUAAAAUUUAUAAAUAAUAAUAAGGAUUAGACGAAUUGUUAAGUUUGCAUUUUUUCACUUUUCAUUUUGUUACUUUUUCUUAAACUAAUAUGGAUAAUCGUAUUGGAUAUAAACUGCUAACUAAUGUUGAAUUGUGGUUUUUUCAUUUUCAGGACAGUUUUUUUUUCUGGAAUAUCUGUGCCUUUGUCUAUCUCUUUACCUUUACUUAUAUUUGUACACCUCCACCCUUACCGCUGCUUUUACUCUUAUUCUAGACCUGAAGGAGGGUCAACUAGGGUUGGCUCCAUUACAUACUAGUCUAUACUACCUUUAACUCUACCCCUUGUCUUAUCGUUACCUAUACUUUGAUCCAGCCUCUUGAGUGUCAUGCUAACGAGGUUUGUCUUCAUCACUUUAUAGGUUACAAAAUCAUAAAAAGAAGGCUGAUACCCCCAUGUUCAAAAUACGAAUUUACAACACGUUUCAGAAAAGUCAUACUACUGAAGGGAACACUAGAACACAUGUAGAAACUUUGUUUAACAAUAAUCCAACGCCCUUCUGGUCAGCAGCUGUGAUGGAACCCCUCCUCGCUCGUCGGCCUUUGUCCAGAAAGUGUUUCCUUAAUUCUUGGCCAAGGAACGAAAAGGAAACAGGUCAAAGGGCCGAAAUAAAGGUAAAAACAUCUGUGAUUCAGAAUUUAAAAAAAAAGAGUUGGAAAUUUUAUUUUUGCUUAACGUUAGCUAUAUUAUUGUUGAUUUUAUUGUGGUACUUAAGGCUUUGGACACUUUUUUAGUUUUUAAAUUUGGUUUAAAAUUGUAAAAUACGGCUAUAGGCGGAACGUUAAUAGUAACUGAUGUAGAUGUUAAGGUGAUAGUGUUUAUUUAAUAUUUCAGAAUGACUUGGUCGACUCUCAGUUGGUUUGUUUUGAUCACUGCCUUCUCAUCAAUCUCUGCCACACCGGAAGACCCUACCUUAACAUUUGAAGCGUUAUACAAGUAAGUUCGUCUCAUUUUUUUUCUUUUUGGCAUUUAGGUAACUAUCUUUAUCAUCUUCUAUCUUAUAUUAAAUAUAGACUAGACAGAUAGCUGCAGCUGGCUAGCCCGGUCUUUGGGAAUCAAGACCAGCGAGUGCCAUCGGGUUCGACCGGUCCGCCUUCUCCAUAGCUGGCCGUAGAAGAGUGCUUUAGCAAAGGCGGCCGGAUUGAUCCGGACUACUGGGCACCCCGGUAGUACCUAUACAUUUAGGUAUGUUAAGCCUUAACCCACGUAUAUUUUCAGAUACGGCAAGAACGAAUACACCUCAGGCAACUGGAACGAUUGUGUGGGAUUUAUGCGUCGUGCUAUCGAAGACUUCAACUAUUAUCGUGAUGAAACUUUAUGGUGUCGCCAAAAGUGUGCUAUGGUAGUUGAAUCUACUGAUGAUAAGUUGGAUCUGGCUCGUAUGUACAACACAGCCCAAAUGGCAUUGUGUUUGUUGAGAUGUCGUGAAGAUAAGUUCACGGAACGACGACCACCACUACAAAACUAUCAGAUAUACGACGAGUUUAUGAACAGGAAGCCUUAUCACUACAUGCAGCUUUGUUAUUAUAAGGUAAGGGGUCUAUUCUUGGUUACGGCAAGGUAAGGAGGUCGUUCUUUAAACGCAACUUCAAUUUUUUGGCCUUUAAAGGGCAAAAAGAUUUAUUGCUUCGUUUAAAUAAUUUUGUGCCCCUUUUUAAAGCAAUUUUUUAGGGUCAGGGGGCACAGAAUUAUGGGAAUAACCUGAUAUUUUGGAUGAUUUUCAGUUGAAUGACUUGGAAAACGCAGUAAAAGCUGCUUACACUUACCUUGUAGCUCAUCCAGAAGAUGAAGAAGCACUUGAUAAUGUCAAGUUUUACAUGGAACAGUCAGCAUACCGUGAUGAAAUGUUAGUUGAUACUCUUCAGAAGCCUUAUGAGGUAAGUUUGUCUUCUUUUGUCUUGCCCCGCUCUAUUUUGCCUUCCCUUACCUUUCCUUUCUCUACGCUACCCUGCUAUACCCUGCCUUUCAAAAUUUUAAUUUUUUCAGAAAUUCUAUAUGCUAGGCGUAGAAGCCUACACCAACGGCCAAUGGCAGCAAUGCGUGUCCAACUUCAAACAAGGAGUUCAAGCCUAUCUGAAGGACGUUCGAGAUUGUCGCUCGUUGUGUGAAGACGAACUUGAUUGGAGCUCAUUAACCGGUGAUAACCCUGAAAUGUCUGUCGUGGUUACUAGCAUACACACGUCUGUAGUACGAUGCCAACAUAAAUGUCCUGAGAAACUGAGUAUUGUGAAUGGACAACGUUUCAAGAACUUUUUGGCUUUGUUCUUUGAGCAUCUUCAUGUUUGCGAGUUUAAUUGUAAGGUUUUGAGCUGUAAUAUGGUAUAUAUUAUUAUACUUGUAACAUUAGUAUUAUAUAUGUUAUAUUUUAGUAAGUAAAAUUUAUUGAUUUUGGAAUUUUCAGUGAAUCAAGGGACAUCAGCAAGUCAAUCAGCAGCUACAGCUCUACUACUGGACCCGUCUAACAUUCUGAUGAGGAGGAACAAACUCUUCUACCUAAAGCAAUAUCAAAAACCAGAUCUUUUUGAACCUCUUCCAGUAAGUAAAAUUUAAAAAAGUUGAAAUUUGAAAAAAUUUUAAAUUUUUGGUUGAAAGAUGAACCUUUUUGAAAAUCUUUCAGUAAGUUAAAUAUGCUACGACCUAUAUGUUAUAUGAUUACAUAACUUUUAGGAAGUCGUUCAAUUUUACGUCAGAAACCAACUAGAAGGCCGUUACCUCGAUUUCGUGGAUAGUCGAUUCAAGUUUGAAAGAGGAAUGGUAUGUUGUGCUCUUUUAUUAGAUUGUUCAAGUAAUUCUGGGCCUACCAACCCCAAAAAUUUUUUAUCAUUUACCUUAGCAUUGUUUGACAAUUCAUGUUAACUUUAUGUUGUAGUUGACCCCAGAAAACGUAAUGGAUCGAAAAGCAUUCGAUGUGAACGUUGACAUCGAAGAUACGUUUGAUUACAGCCGGUUGGAAACACCUUUACUCAACGAUUCCGAAUGUAAUGCUUUGGAAAAGGCUGCACACAUUCCUGCUGUAAGUUUUUUCAAUGUUAAAUUGCUUUUUGUUGGUCAAAAAUUUUAGAAACAUAUACUGAAGCAGAUUUUUUUUACAAAAACAAACCAUAUACAUACCAACUUUGUAUAGAAAAGUAUCGCUUCGGGCCAAAAUCGUACAAACUUUCGCAAAAACCUCAAAAUAUUGACAUAAAUCAAGAUUUCCUAUCUAAAAUAACAAUUGUACAGGUCGUAGCGUACGCUCCAGCACUAGCCACAGAGCUACUGGAUCGGAUCUCCACUAAUUAUGGCCAGUCUCCGUCGUUGAAGAUGAUGGGCUGUGCCAAGGAACCGAUUGAAAGUGGAUGUAGAAGACGAGCGUUCGUCGUUGGAUUGGAGAAAGAUCGAUGUGGAGCACUUUUGUCCGACACUUUCGACGGCUGUGCCAUUGUUUUUUGCUUGGACGACUAA